AUGAGAACUAUCCCGAAAGAUGAGAAUGUUUUCUUUGGAGGAGACUUUAACGGACACAUAGGCAGAGAUGCAGCAAACUCGAUCUUAAGAAAGAAAGAUGAGCAUUUGAUCACAUAUAAGAGCGGCGGGCAUACAACUCAAGUUGAAUAUUUCUUAGUGCGCAAGGGAGAUCGGGCCUCAUGCUUGGAUUGUAUGGUGGUUUUGGGUAUAGAGAUGCCCACCCAACACAGGUUUUUAGUACUGGUUUUCAGGAUGAGGAAGAAAAUCGUAGAGAAGAAGGUCGAGUCUAGGGGAAAGAUCAUGUGGGGGAGACUUAAAGGGGAUAUGGUCACAACCCUGUCAAGUAAGAUAAGUUUAUUAGGCUUCCCAAGUCAGUCAGAGGAUGCGAAUGAAAUGUGGGUGAAAUGGCAAAAACCAUUAGCAAACAUUCUGGCUAGAGCACCGACUCUUUCCCGCGGAGAGAGAGACUUUAAGAUGACUAGCAUGAAUGAGCCAGCUUCAACACCACCUAGACUCCCGUUAAGGCGCCCUGGAGGAUCCGAUCCCAUCCCUGAACUUGGGGAACUCUAUACCGACUGGCAAAAGAGACCUUGGGGGGGACCAAAGAAGGCGGAUAAUCAAAUUUCUGUCGUCGAAAGACCACUGGAAUAUGGGUCAACGAGUGAUAUUACCACAAAAGAAGUAGGAGAAGCUCUUAAAAAGAUGGAGAGAACAAAGGCAGUCGGGCCAGAUAAUAUCUCGAUUGAGGAUGAUGAUGAUGACAACUUGAUUAUACAAUUGCUUAGAAAUUAG